GCGUGCGGGGCGGCGAACAGCGAGUUGUGCGCUGCGGCAGCGGCGUCCGAGGUGGAGAUCGGCGGCCCUUUUUUUCUGGUGACGUAGUCUCCAUUUUCGCCGGAUUCAAUACACGCAGGAAAGAGCAACCGGAGCGAACAAGAAAUGCAUCCACAAAAUGAGAGAAAACGCCAGAACCACUUGACUUGACUUCCCAAUAACUCACAGCAAGGGCACACGAAACUUUGAUCAAAACCGGCAAGGUGGUGCUCGCUAUCACGAUGUCUACUAAUCAGCUUAUGGAUUCUUGUCUGCUUGUGAAUCGACGUGUUGAGCAACGGCAGGAGCACAGCGUAACCCACACGCAGAUAACGCAAAGGCGAGUUUUGCCAGACAAAGCCUCCGAUAUGCCGCACUACAAGGGACAAGAUACCGGCGGCGUAUCUGUCAACGACAGCGUCUACCACGCGCACAGCAAUGGUCAUUCCGAGCACUCGCCCAACUCCAGCCACAUGUCCGUGCACAGCGACGAGCCGCUAGUGCGGAGUCACAAACAACAGACGACGCAGCAGGUGACGACCGUGACGAAGGUCGUCCGGGAAGUGCAGCAGCUCGGCGCGGACGGCGCGCAAGCCGAAUACGUGCCGGUGCCGAUCGGCGCUUAUCCACAUCCGCACGCCACAUUACCGACGCAUCCGCACUCCCAGUACGUCGACUACAUGGAGCAGCCGGCACACCACAUGUACUCACAGUACCACCAACAUCCACACUAUCAGGACUAUGAACAUUACCCGCCCCCGAACGCCUAUGGCACCUAUAUGGGUUAUCCCGCGGGGGCGGAGCGUCCUGGCACACCGCCAAGUCCUAGCGAACAUAGUGGUGCACCUUCUCCGCUCCCUUUGAACGCCCAGACGGCUGGCGCGUACCUUGCAGCUGGGUAUGAUGUAGACGAACACUAUCGUAUUACGCCCUCACCGGGCGGACCUAUUCUUGAUCCCUAUCAGGAUGAUCCUGCUGUUGUCUAUGGUUAUGUCUCACCCUCACCUUAUGGUACAGCCGUACCACACCCGGGUCCUACAUAUGUCUCGCGGCCGUAUGAUGAAAGCCUCAAUGUGCCCGUCAGCGCCGCGUUGCCUAUGUUCGAAGACGAAGAACUUCAGAAACACAUGAGUAAGAUGAACCUACACGGGCAUGGUAUUGGUAUGCCGCCCCCGACACACGGGCGUGCGCAUGCAAUGGCGUCGCCUGGUAGUGUCGGCGGCGGGGAUGAUGACCAGCGUGGAAUGCGCUGGCGUGAUCCCAAUCUGACCGAGGUGAUCGGUUUUCUCAACAACCCCAACAACGUCAUCAAGGCGAACGCGGCGGCCUACCUGCAGCAUCUCUGCUACAUGGAUGAUCCAAAUAAGCAGAAGACACGCGCGCUCGGCGGCAUCCCGCCGCUAGUCAAGCUGCUCAAUCACGAGAGCAUCGAGGUGUAUCGCAAUGCAUGCGGCGCGCUGCGCAAUCUGUCAUACGGUCGGCAAAACGACGAAAACAAACGCGCCAUCAAGAAUGCCGGCGGAAUUCCCGCGCUGAUAAAUCUACUGCGACGUUCGAGCGAGGCGGAAAUCAAGGAGCUCGUCACCGGCGUUAUCUGGAACAUGUCCUCCUGCGAGGACCUCAAGCGCGCCAUCAUUGACGACGGCGUGGUGGUUAUUGUUACGUAUAUUAUUAUCCCGCACUCGGGCUGGGACCCGGCGGGCAAUACCGGCGAGACGUGCUGGUCGACGGUGUUCCGGAACGCCUCCGGCGUGCUGCGCAAUGUCAGCUCGGCGGGCGAGUACGCGCGGAAGAAGUUGCGCGAUUGUGAUGGGCUUGUGGAUGCGUUGUUGUUUGUUGUGCGCUGUGCCAUAGACAAGUCGAAUAUAGGCAAUAAGAUUGUAGAGAAUUGCGUUUGUAUCUUAAGAAAUUUAUCUUAUCGGUGUCAGGAGGUCGAGGAUCCAAACUACGACAAGAAUCCUUUACCCACACAGAGUCGUGUCACUGCAAACAACUCUAAAGGUGAAAAUUUAGGUUGUUUUGGGGGAAGUAAAAAGAAAAAGGACGCAGCUUCUUCAGACGUGAAGGAAAACAACGUUGGGGCAGCUGGGAUUGGUUCAAACAGCGCAGCAUCACGAGGGGAAGUCGUACGAGGCACAGAAUUACUCUGGCAACCAGAAGUUGUGCAGUCGUAUCUCGCCCUGCUGCAGAGCUGCUCAAAUCCGGAGACCCUGGAGGCGGCAGCAGGCGCAUUACAAAAUCUAGCAGCUUGUUACUGGCAGCCAAGUAUUGAAAUUCGCGCAGCUGUACGAAAAGAAAAAGGUUUACCCAUUUUGGUCGAACUACUGCGUAUGGAAGUCGACCGGGUGGUUUGUGCGGUUGCGACAGCUCUACGCAAUCUCGCCAUUGACCACCGCAAUAAGGAACUCAUCGGUAAAUACGCGAUGCGAGAUCUGGUCCAGAAGUUACCCUCCGGUAACGCGCAACACGACCAGGCCACAUCUGAUGAUACGAUUGCGGCCGUCCUCGCGACACUUAAUGAGGUGAUCAAGAAGAACGCCGAGUUUAGUAGAUCACUCCUAGAGGCAGGCGGCGUUGAGCGCCUGAUGAAUAUCACCAAACAGAAGCAGAAGUACACGCCGCGCGUGCUCAAGUUCGCCGGGCAGGUGUUGUUCACAAUGUGGCAGCAUCAGGACCUGCGCGACGUUUACAAGAAGCACGGCUGGAAGGAGCAGGAGUUUGUCACGAAGACAGUGGCGGCGCGCAACGCCGGGCCCAAUUCCCCGAACAACGCCAACAGCACGCUCAACCGACCGAUGGCGUCGCAGAGCGGCACGCGUUACGAGGAUCGCACGAUGAAGCGCAAUGCCGGCGGUGCGGGCGCGCAAAAUGCAAGCGCCGCCCGCCCCUCGGCCGCACCCGGGAAUGCAAACGCCGUCGGCGGCGGCGGCGCACCGGUCUACCAGCGGAACGAGGACAUCCCCAUGGCUGACAUGGCAUACCCAGACCUACAACCCCCUAUGGGGGGCGUUAGGGCUUACCCUCCCGGCCCGGGCCCAAACCCUCCUCCACCGGAGCCGCUCUAUGCGCAGGUGAAUAUGGACAAGAAACGCAACCGGCAGCCGAGUCUCGGCAACGCCAAUCAUCUGGAUGAACAUCAGGCGCUUACAGCGGCGAACGCCGCCGCCGGCAAGGACUCCUGGGUCUAGACGCCAUCUUGCCACACACAGAUUCACACUCUUACACACACACAACACACCAAAAAGAAACCGGAUACAAGCAGAAAGACGAGAAAAUUUUCCACUUUUGAAUAGGGUAUAGUGAUGACCAUGAUUUACUAACUAAACUAGGGAUAAUGUUAGUGAGCGAGACAUUGAUUGAUUCCUUUCCGAGUUCGAAAUUCGCAUCUAAUCUAUUGUAUGUAUUCAUUCAUAUCCUCCUCUCAUCAAAUCCUUGCACCGAACUUUCGUUACGACUUUGGCUAAUUCUCGAAUUUGGCAACAAGUUUGUUUGGAUAUUUCCACUCACAAACCUUAACGAAAUACAUAGUACAGUACGAUACACACGAGUACAUAAUGAGAGAUAUGUAUAUCACUUAUAAAUGAUGAUAUAAAUUAUAGAGCAUUGUUACGAUAUGAUUUCGAUAUGCAUAUUGAAGUGAGUUGUUUUAAGUUUCGAAGAUAACAAACGAACAAGAAUUGACAAGAAACAAACAAAACCAACUAAAAGCCUGCCUGAUGCUGCGCCUGUUAAUAUUAUAUAUCAAUGUUCUGUCGCAUGUUCGGAUAUAUAAUGCACUGAUUCAUAAGAAAUUAUUAUGUAAACGAGCAAAACAAGCAGAAAAUUAUUUGUAAAACAAUUGCGUAUGAUUGACGGCGUUAAUUUUAUACAUAUACACACCGAAAAUGAUUUCUAUUUAAUGAUUCUAUUCUUAAAUGUUUAGUUCGUGGUGUUUACUGUGAUGAGCUUCAAAUGAAAUUGCUGUACAUAACGAUGAUAUAGAUUCUUUUUGUAUCUUAUAUAUGAUUUUUACAUGAUGAUGAUUUAAAUAAGUUUUAUUAUUUUAUUAUUCGCCCGCUCCCGAUGCAAGCUCGUCAUGAGUCGUCUUCUUUUUUUUUUUUUGUUUUAUUUCUUUGUCUUGUGUAUCUAUCGUAUAUUUGUAACUAUUUUUUUAUUUUAUUGUUUUUUUACAUACAGUUUAUUUGAAAUAAAUUUAUUAUAUACUUAACUUAUAAUCGAUAUACACAUUUAUAAAUAUAUUAAAAAGUACAA